UCCAUGUGUUAUGAUACAGCUCCAUACAGCUGUUAACAUUGUCCUUUCUCCAUCUGGACGCCACAGCAGCCUCCAGCCCCUCAGGAUACCAGCGUUACUCGAGCUCUGCACCUGGGUGGCAACUGUUGCAGAUUCCUGGAUCCAGUGGACAUUUUUUGGUGUUCUUUUUUCCGUGUGUUGACCGGGAACCUUCGUGAGCUCAGGUGUUUGAUUCAGCCGGACCUCCUCCUGCGUGUGUGUGAAAGGUGUUUCAUAUAUCUCAUUUCUGGAAGGAGGGAGCUGCUGUGAGGAAUUUUACACAAAAGCUGAGUCGCAGAUUUCUCACCUGGACGCUGAGGAGGCAGCAGGAUGGACUUACCCACUUACUUUUGGCUCGUCACCACGACUCUGAUGUUGAUCCAUCAGCAUCAAGCCUCUACCUUCUCUGUCAUUAGCCCCACAGUGGAGGAAGGCCCCCUGGUGCAGCUCCCCCACACGGCCCACCGGCGAGAGAAACGCUGCUCCUGCGAGAACCAGAAAGACAAAGAGUGUAUUUUUUUCUGCCACAUCGGUAUCGUCUGGGUCAACACGCCCAGCCACGUGGUUCCUUAUGGAUUUGGUUCUGUCCGACUGAGGAGGGAACUCGGCCGCUGCCUCUGCACACACACACAGGACGCCGAGUGUGUGAGCUUCUGCUCUGCUCAGACGCAAACAGAAGGAGAAAACGCUGCAGUGAAGAAGACUGACAAACGACUGGAGAGAUACAGAGCUGCAUUGUGGGAGAAAAGGAGCCGACACGCACUCAAACAUCAAACCUGAGCAGAAACACGAGCCCUCUCCCCUUCAUCAGAAAUAACAGAUCUAGUUUGUACAGCGUGUGAGUGUGUGUAAGUGUGUGUGUGUUUAUGUAAUGACGGUGAUGUAUUGAGACAGGAGCGCUGACCUCUGAGCACCUCAUGUUUUUAACCCUCAGCUGAUGAACCUGUGACCUCUGUGCUGAUCUCAGAUGAUUUGUAGCUCUGAGAGCUGGAACAUAUUUCAGCCUCGCAGAGAAACACUCACACAUUUACUGCCCUUUGGUUAUUUUAAAUCUUAAAUUCUUUCUUGAGUCGACACAGUCUGUUUGUCGUGAAGGCUGAAAACCUCACAUCUCCACUGUGACCACUCUGUUUGGUCUGAGUGCUGAAGUGUACGGAAGAAUAUUGGUGCCUCGUUCUUUUGACAGUAAAGUUUUCACACAGUUGUCACCCUCUGUGUUGAUUCAAAUCUGGUCUUUAAUUCAAGAGGGAAAACAGGAAAAUGGAAAUUACACCAAAACCAAAACGAGCCAUUUUUUUUUCCACUAGAUUUUUUCGUCUUCGUGGAAAAAUAUGGGCCCAUUUUUUGUUUUUGUUUUUUGACUGGAAGACAAAAUCUACUUCAGCACCCCGACCCUUUAUCAGGUGUGAACAGCAGGACAGCCGCACUAUGUCUAAGUGAAACAGAAAACUAUUCACAGGAAGAGUUUAAAAUAUAUAUAUAUAUACAGAGGCGGUCCUGGCUAGUUUUACGCCCUGGGCGAACCGUCCCUCGGCGCCCCCCUGACAAGUAAAGAACAGUCCCUAAAGUGCGGUGAGGUUUGUGGGCCGUUACCUGCCACAAAGAGAGAAAUGUGAACGGCUCGUUUCUCCUCUGACACGCCCCCUACCUGUGUGCCGCGAAAUUACUGGACCUGGAGUCAGACUUCUCUGUUGCCGGUAAGCCACAGAGCACUAUGAGCCUCCACCGUAUUCCUGUCUGUGACCCCCGUUCAAUCCACAACCGCCAGGAUUCGCCUUUCCUUUCUGCUGCUGGUUGAAACGUGAUAAUAGGGGCGCCCCAGCGCCCACUCCACUAACUUGAGGUGGUUUUUUUUGGAGGGCGCUCGUGUGCCCUCACAUAGAUUGCGCCCUGGGCGGUUGCCCACAUUGCCCAUAGCAAAAAACAUCCGUAUAUAUAUAUAUAUAUAUAUAUAUAUAUAUUAAUAGACACUUUUAAAUCUGACAUUUAAUAUUUAAGAGAGGGGGCUGUCAGAAAGCCAAAGUAAAGACCACGACUGAGUGUUUGGGCCACAAAAAAUUAUAGCAGGAAGUUAUUUUAGCAAAAAGUUCUAAUAUUAAAAAACAAAGUUAAAAUUAUGAUACUAAAAUUAAUUUAAAAAAAAAAUAUAUAUUUAAUGCGUGUAAAGUUACAAUCUUACAAGAAAAAGUUAUAAAAUAGUUUUAAUUUUCGUACAAAAUUUCACAGAGCAAAACUUCUUCCAUAAAAAACUUUGACUUCAUUCUUAAAAUCUCAGAUUUCUUUACGUGUAUAUUAUAAAUAUUCACACAGUGGCUCAUCAACUCUGUCGUCGUCAGAUUUGACUCUCUGACAAGGAAUAAGCUAUUAUUGUGACGAGUAUAAUGUGAUAGGAGUUGUCUCUAGCUUUAAUAUAUCUCAGUUUUAAAGUUUGUGAAGAAAAUGUGUUGUAGAGAAUCUAAAAGAAUUUAUUUUAUUUACACGAGAAUACGAAUUGACUCAGCUGCCCAGUGUGACCAGCUCAGUGGAGGCAGAACAACAGGUGGCAUCACAGCUUCUAUUCACAGUUUUCUUUUUAUUUUAUUAAUUAAAAGUAUAACAGAACUCAAACAGAACAAAUCCAAAUCAGUUCAAUCACCCAAAAAAAUCAUGUGGCCUUUCCCCCUUUUAAGUUAAACCUAAAUACCUCCAGUUCAAAAACAGACAAGUAUUUAAUUUAAUUUUCGGGGAGAACCACAAACAACAUGUGAAUAAAAUGAAACAGUCUCCUCAGUGAACGUCCUCAUUACAAACCUGCCCUGCUGUUCUCUGAACAGAGUAUCAUCAGCUGACAUUAACAUGACGUUUGAUCAUCAUGCACAGAUUCAGGUGGUCUUCACAGAGGUCAGAGGUCACAGUGACCUGAGAGAGACUCAGUUUCUCCUCAGCAGGAUGAAGACGAGGAUGUUUAAGGAUUUAAAACGCCUCCUCCUGUGGUAACACUCUGUGAGGCCUCGUUUCAUCAGACUGUCGUUUUAAAUCCACACGCUCAGAGUCACUCACUCAGCACAUUCAGGUGAUGUCAGAGGAAAUCCAUUUAUUGUGUCCAACUGUCCUUUUAAAAUCCCUGUAAACAUGUUAGUGUGAGUGAAAUGGUCCGAAAGUGAAUUUGUCACAGUGGGACUGACACACCCAGAUCAUGUGACUCCUGCAUGUAUACAGCCAAUCAGACCCAAACUGGCCGAGGCGCUCUGAGCAUGCACCACAGUUUAGUCCAAUAGCAUUAAAUGUGUAACAGAAGAAGAAGCUGGUAACAACAUGGAGAAAUCUACAUCCAGAGCCGUGACUUUUUUGACGGACCAAAUGUACAGAGCUGUAAAGUUGUCCACCAUGGUACCAGUUAGCUGCUAGCUAACCGUAGCUAACUUGUUUGUCCAUUGUUUGGUCUGUGACGUAAUAGGUCAACAGGAAAAAGUUCCAAUACUAACAAGCUGAAAGGGGGCGUAUCUCCACCUAUCGUAGAGGAGUCGAACAUACUUGGGUCAAUAAAUGGAUUCCCCUCCCAUGCUUGUAUACUGGGACAAGGACAGUAGUCCAGUUAAACGUCCUCAUCCAGCUGCAACUGUUUCCAUGGAAAUGGACUGAGUGACAAACAAACACGAUGAUCAAGCCAACAUGUUUCACCUUCAUUCACACGACAAUGGAGAACGAUGAACUUUGACAAAGGCCAUUAUCUGAACCUCCUCACGCUCAGACGCGUCAGUGACGUCAUUUAUAGUGAAACAUUCAGAGAGUUUUGUUCCAGAAACGAAGCAGUGAAACAUCUACGGGAUUUAUAUAUUUAUAUGACGACAUUAAAAACACGUCACACAGCAGCUCGCUCUGUCCUGACAUAUAAAAACAUUUAUAACAUCAUGGUAAUAUUAAUAAUCAAAUCCAGUGUUAGAAUGUGAGUUGUGGAGCAGAACUCUUGGUUCAUUUUGUCCAUCUGUUAAAGAGCUUUUAAAAAAUGUUCUGACACCAGCUUUUUAAAAACUGUUUAGCUUCAUAUAUGUACACAUGUUGAUUAUUUUAUUGCAGGAUAUUUAUUUUGUUAAAGAUUUUUAAAUUACUUAAACACAUUAAAAACAACCACUGAUUGCUGAAACGUCUGAUUGUUGUGAUUUAAACAGAUUUUGUGUGUCUGACAUGUUGUGAAGAGUUCUGCCUUUCAAGAAGGACGGGUCAUUAUGUCAUCGUGACAGCAUUCAAAUUUUGCCUUAGUGCAACAUUUAUUGAAGACAAACAGGCGGGCAAAUUAAACUAUAAGCCAUCUUAUCUGUGUUUGUUUCCACAAAAUUAAAAAAACGAAAUUACCUGAUGUUGACUGAUGUGUUUAAUCUAAAUGUGCGCUGUAGAGUUGGGUCGAUUUCCGGUUUUCCUGGUCCGGUCCGGCAUACAACCUGACACCAGUUUUAUUUUAUACAAAUCUGAACUAACGUUUGUCAUUAGGACAUGUCUGCUAAAUUAAAGAGUCAUCCACAUCAGCAGCCUGUGCAGCGCUAAAUCCAACUGGUACUGCAUACACGUAAUCCUUUGGAGGUUUUAUGGUGGUAAAUAAUGUUACUGAAAUAGGUUUAAAAAAUGUUGA